AUGCCUGAUGGACCGAAAUGGUGGAACUCGUCAAUGUGGAACGAUAGAGAAUGGGUGUCAAUAGAGUUUCUGGGGAUACAGAAGCGCGCGAAAUUUCAAACCCGACCGCCGAGAAAUCGCUUCGUCGUUAGCGGUCGCGACCGGUCGGCCAAAACUCGAGCGGAUGCAAGCGGUAGCAAACGCAGCGUCUCCGCCUUACAGACGCUUCGUUGUCAUUAUAACAACACAUUAAACAUCAAGUUAGCAGUUCGUUCGGUGCAAAAUCAUGGCAGGCGUCCAGAUAGCGAACGGAAUGAUAGACACCGCGAUGCUGAUCAAGUCGGUGGAGAUGCAUCCGGUGCUUUGGAACACGAACCACAGCGAUUUUUCCAACCAGGCGUUGCGGCUGAAGGCUUGGCACGCGGUCGCCAUUCGGUGCUUGGGGGGCGAUUCGUGGAAACGCUUGCGCGACAUCGACAAGCGGCUGAACGGCGAUAUCGGCGGAUGAUAAUAGCAGACCCUGAAGAAGGGAGUUCGCGGCACACCAACGAGACUGAAGAAAAUGAAGAUUCCCCGGACGAAGACACGGUGGGAAAUUUCAUAAAAGAGGAGGAAAACGUCACUUUCGAAAAAGAAUUCAUACAAAAUUAUAUCGUUAAGAAUGUUCCUGGCAAUUUGAACAAAUCGGAAUUUGUGGACAUACUUGGAGCACCAACUGAAGACACAAGUACGAAUGAUGUGGAUGAUCCUGAUAAAAUGUUUUUACUAUCCAUGUUGCCGCUAUUCAAAAAGUUGGAUGAAGAAAAGAAGAUGACCGCCAGGAUUGAGUUGACAUUGGUUUUGCAGAAAUUAUUGUUUCCGGAGAAAAAUUAAUUUUUACAGUUAUUUUAAAAUGUUCCCUAAUAAAUUUACGUUCUUUUUAACCAACCGCAUUUUCUUUGAUAUCUCGGCAAUAUAUUACGUAUACAUAAAGGAGUUAAAUACAUUUCUGGGUUCACCACCACAAACGAUAUUUGCUCUUAUCAUCAAAGAAAUUGCCGGAGCGGGCAGUAUUGCCAGAAAUAUACGCGAAUAUUCGCUUCCCUGAUUCGCUUUACCUACUACUGUUUUCAAUUUCAAUCAGACCACUUGCUCAAAGCAAAUACU